AUGUCGUUCGUUGUUAAAGCCAGUGGAAUUUUACAACAACCAGGAACGGUUGCUCUUCUCUGGAAUGUGACACCAGUCCGAAACAUGGCCACACUCAAAGACAUCAGCCGUCGUUUAAAAUCGGUUAAAAGCAUUCAAAAAAUCACCAAAUCAAUGAAGAUGGUUUCUGCAGCAAAAUAUGCCAAAGCUGAAAGAGAAUUACGUGCUGCCCGUGCUUACGGAUUAAGUGCUAAAGGCUUUUACGACAAUUUAGAAGUAGAAAAAGUUGAAGGUCCACAAAAACAUUUAUUCAUUGCCGCAACAUCUGAUCGUGGUCUUUGUGGUGCAGCUAAUUCGUCAAUUGUGAAAAACAUUCGUACACAAUUAAAUGAUGGCAAACAGGAUUUAGAAGGAACUAAAAUCGUUGCUAUUGGAGAUAAAUCCCGUACUGGUCUCGCUCGGACACAUGCAUCGAAUUUACUCUUAUCAGUUAACGAAGUUGGCAAACGUUCACUUGUUUUUGGUGAUGCAUCAGCCAUUGCCCAACAAUUAAUCAAUUCAGGUUUUGAAUACGAUUCAGCUGAUAUUGUUUAUAACAAAUUCAAAUCAGCUAUUGCUUAUACAACAUCUCGACAAAAGGUUCUAUCCGGUGAUGCUAUAGCUCGUUCAAAAUCCAUUCAAGUUUAUGAUUCAACUGAUGCUGAUGUUCUCCGUUCAUUUCAAGAAUUUAAUUUAGCUUCUGUGCUCUAUUAUGCAAUGAAAGAAAAUGCCACAGCUGAACAAUCAUCUCGUAUGACAGCUAUGGACAAUGCAACAAAGAAUGCCGGAGAAUUAAUCAAUAAAUUAACGACAUAUUAUAACAGAACACGUCAAGCUGUUAUUACAACUGAACUUAUUGAAAUUAUUUCCGGCGCUGCUGCUUUGGAACAAAAGAAUUAA